AUGGAAACAAAAAUGAAUGCUGAUCCAUGGGCAAAUCCGAGGUUCCAACUAUGGAGUGUAAGCAGUGAACCACCGCAAAACACACCAUUAGUAGAGUACGGGAAAGCAAACGAUAAGAGAUUCACCAUUAGAGUUGUACAUGGCGGGUUUUUUACAGACUAUCCAGGUAAGUCGUAUCAAACGACAAAAGUUAACUUUAUUUCAUAUGUCAACAUCGAUUUGUUGAACAUGGAGAUGCUUGGUCGUUUUUCGAAAAGCUUGGGGUAUACAACUAUGGGUAACUGGUAUCAUAUGCCAACCGAAGAAAACUGUGGGUUGUCAAUGAUUCUAAUUCUGAAUGAUGAUUGUUUGGGAACUUUCAAGAUGAUUGUUUGGGAACUUUCAAGAUGA